CUCCCUGGACCAACUGAGGAUCGAUUCAGAACGGCUGACACUUAAUGAUGCCAUUCGUCAGACAGACCUUUUGAAGAUGGAUAGCAUAUGAAUUUAACGGCAUAUUUUCCAGUUAUUACACAACAAGGAAAGACUGGCAUACAAGUGACUAUUUGGUCUUGAAACUCUGCGCUUGGAACAUCAAGGAUGGAUUAUCCCAAAAUGGAUUAUUUUCUGGAUGUCGAGUCUGCUCAUAGACUCCUGGAUGUCGAGUCUGCUCACAGAUUCUUCUACAGUCAAGGAGCUCAAGCUCGCCGGGCGACCCUGCUCCUGCCUCCCACAUUAAUGGCGGCAUCUUCGGAGGAUGAUAUAGACCGGCGGCCCAUCAGAAGAGUGCGCUCCAAGAGCGACACGCCGUACCUCGCUGAAGCCAGGAUCUCCUUCAACCUCGGGGCAGCUGAGGAAGUGGAGAGACUGGCGGCCAUGCGUUCGGACUCCCUCGUCCCAGGUACGCACACCCCACCCAUCCGGAGGAGAAGUAAGUUUGCCAACCUGGGGAGGAUUUUCAAGCCUUGGAAGUGGAGGAAGAAGAAAAGCGAAAAGUUCAAACACACAUCUGCAGCUCUGGAAAGGAAAAUAUCAAUGAGGCAAAGCAGAGAGGAGCUGAUAAAACGAGGGGUUCUGAAGGAAAUCUAUGACAAAGACGGGGAGCUCUCCAUAUCGAAUGAGGAUGAUUCCCUGGAAAACGGGCAGUCCCUGAGCUCCAGCCAGCUGUCUCUGCCUGCCCUGUCCGAAAUGGAGCCGGUCCCGAUGCCCAGGGACCCCUGCUCGUACGAGGUGCUCCAACCUUCAGACAUCAUGGAUGGGACAGUGUCUGAAGAGAGUCCCUCUGCCAGUGAGUCUGGAGCCCUCCUGUCCCAAGAUCCUUCAGCCAAACCAGUGCUGCUACUGCCCCCCAAAAAACCUGCUGCUUUCUCUGGAGACCAUGAGGAGACCCCAGUGAAGCAGCUGUCCCUUCUCAAGCAGCCCCCCGCCCUGCCUCCCAAACCCAGUGCCAGGAUUGCCAACCACGUCACAGAUCCUGGCGCCCCUGUGAAAUUGCCUUGUCUGCCAGUGAAACUGUCCCCUCCGCUACCUCCAAAGAAAGUCAUGAUCUGUAUGCCUGUAGGGGGGCCAGAACUCUCCCUGGCGUCCUACGCGGCCCAGAAGAGCGGCCAGCAGAGCGGGGCCCAGCACCACCACACGGUCCUGCCGUCCCAGAUCCAGCACCAGCUGCAGUACGGCAGCCUCGGCCAGCACCUGCCCUCCGCCACCGGCUCCCUCCCCAUGCACCCCUCCGGCUGCAGGAUGAUAGAGGAGCUGAACAAAACGCUGGCCAUGACCAUGCAGAGGCUGGAAAGCUCUGAGCAGCGGGUCCCCUGUUCCAGCUCUUACCACAGCUCUGGUUUGCACUCCGGCGAUGGCGUCCCGAAAGCAGGGCCCCUGGGCCUUCCAGAAAUGAGACAAGUGCCAACUGUCGUGAUUGAAUGUGAUGACAAUAAAGAAAAUGUGCCUCAUGAAUCAGACUACGAAGACUCUUCCUGCCUCUACACAAGAGAGGAGGAGGAGGAGGAGGAGGAAGACGACAGCUCCCUGUACACCACCUCCCUGGCCAUGAAGGUGUGCAGGAAGGACUCCUUAGCCAUCAAACUCAGCAAUAGGCCCUCCAAGCGGGAGCUGGAAGAAAAGAACAUCCUUCCCAGGCAGACGGAUGAAGAGAGGCUGGAGCUGAGGCAGCAGAUCGGCAGCAAGCUCACCAGGCGGCUGAGCCAGAGGCCGACUGCGGAGGAAUUGGAGCAGAGGAAUAUUCUGAAACCUCGGAAUGAACAGGAGGAACAGGAAGAGAAAAGAGAAAUCAAGAGGAGGUUAACUCGAAAGCUCAGCCAAAGACCCACAGUGGAAGAGCUUAGAGAGAGGAAGAUCCUCAUCCGCUUCAGUGACUACGUGGAGGUGGCUGACGCUCAGGACUAUGACCGCAGGGCAGACAAGCCGUGGACCCGCCUCACCGCUGCCGACAAAGCUGCCAUUCGAAAGGAGCUCAAUGAAUUUAAAAGCACUGAAAUGGAAGUUCAUGAAUUGAGUAGGCAUUUAACAAGGUUUCACCGACCUUAACAGUCAAAUUCCUCCUGAGUGCUAUGCUGUCUUCAAAACAUAAAUUUCUAAGAACCAUAAGUGCUGGUAUUUAUUCACUUCCCCAUUAUGAUGUAAAUCUUCUGAACUGCCUUUUUUUAAAAAGAAGAAAAAUAAAAGGAAACCCGAUCAGGAUUCUCUUUGCGCAAACGCAACAGUCACCGCUCGGGGUCAGCUACGCCACCACCGCGGGCCCGAGGGCACCAGUGGGCCGAAGACCUCCCGGCACUUGGAGGGGUCCUGGUCUUCUCCCCGCACGCCUGGCGGGCGCCGCGUUCGUUUAGGCACUGGCGAACCUCUUCCCCCGAAGUGUCAGUCACCUGCGUCCAGAGAAAGCGGAGGCGGUGGGUUCGGCCUGGAAUGGACUGUGCAGACGGCCUGGUUGGCUUUCUAGACUUGGCCAGACACACCGGCUCCUGGCCCGGCGACUGGCUCGGGGGCCUCUCGGGAGGAGGAUGCUGAGAUGCUCAGUCACCCCUGUCCUUUCUCUCCCUUCAGCCAUCAUCCAUACAGUGAACAGAAGGGAAGUUGCUUUUCUGGGGGAGUCUGUGGUUGGCUGACUGUUGGUCUCGAGAGAGUGUGGCUGCAGGCAUGUCCCCUCGCGCCGAGCCGCCGCCCAGGGCCUCUGGUGUGCAAGGGGGAAGUUGUCAUCCGCUCAGUUCCAAUCAGUUGGCCCAUCUGUGUCUCAGAAGCCAGGUGUCCGGGUAGCCUCAGCCGCUGCUGGGGGUGCCCGUGGUACUGGUGCGUCCGAGUGUAAGGACCCCGCAGAGGACAGAGAGGCUGGGGUAGGAAGCUGCUUGGCUGGUGUUCCUCAUUUCCUCCGUGCACCCCAGGGCCGCUGACCAUACGGGCUGGGAGUUAGCAGCCUCUGAGUGCAGGACCGAUGCAUGCACGCCAGACACCAUUUCACCGGUCUCUGAUGGGCUGGGACUCCAGAACCACCCGAUGGCCUUCUAGUCCCCUUUCUUUGCGCUCAAGAGUCGCCGGGGAGGGGCCUCGGGUUGGCGGACACCAGCACAGCGCGAACACCAGCCACGCCUGCCCGUGCUGUACCUUCCCGCUCCUGCCCGUCUGGAGAGAAUCCUUCCUCCCUCGUGGUGCUGGCAAAGCUGAUCGGAGGGGUUUCUCUGAGUGUCCCAUUUACUUGGGACCGCAGGAAGGCAGUGGCCUUCUGACAGGGGGGUCACCGAGGGUAAGGUGUACGGUGAGUGGGAGCACAGCCCCCAAACCCUAACGACUAUCUUCACGAGGCCCAUUGCAGCUGCUUCUGUUUUCCCGCCUGACAGACCCCGUAGGGCCCUCUGUCGUGGUCUCGCAGGUACCGUGAUUUCUCUCGGUUUAUGGCUUGCUCUCCGCCACACGUGCCCAGGAUUUACAAAGAUCCCGGGCUGGCCUUCCCUAAAAGGAGUCGACCAGUUGCCACCCCAAAAUGUAUGGGAAGUGGGUUACUCUUGGGAUGCACCCCCAUCGACGAGGCCAUUUAAUGCUCUGCAGGCAUUAACAGCCCCUCUGAGCAGGGUCGCAGGGUCUGGGGGGAGCGCGGGGCCAUUCUUCGGGCCGUGCCCACUAGCCGCUGCAAAGCUGUCGUGCGCCUGUCCCAUACCGAGGGGCCGUCACUAGAUCCUUUUAUCUUCGAAUGUGGAAUCUGAUAGCUAACUGCCGCGGGAAGGUAUCGUUCAGGGAAAACGUGGUCGGGAUUGGAGUGGCUGUACAGUCUUCCCGAAAGGCUUACUGACGUUUGAAUGUGCAAAUGGUGUGACGAAAGAUGUAGGGGUCUUUCGUCUAACUUCUCGACGGCGGGCACGUCCCAGGCCGAGGUGCCUGCCUUGCCCGGAUUUGAGUCUGAGCUUCCUGUAACUUGCCCCCAUCUUCAUGCGGCUCCCGGGGCCCUGACAUGACAGGCCUGCCCCAGGCCUGAGAGCGAGUCCCGAGGGAACGCAUUCCACCGCCCGGACCCCUCCCUCGAAGGCCAAUGGCUGCUUUGCUGGCUCUGGGGCCUCUGAUUGCCCGGGAACGGGACGCCCAGGUCAGUUUCCCUGCAGCCGGCUGCCCAGGUUUUCUGCCUGAAGUGUACCCUCUUCUUCCAGUCCACGUGGAGCUGGGGAGAAACUGAACACAAUUUCAGCCCCCACCCCUGCAGAGCACCCUCCGUGAGCCGUCAGUUGCAGGAAUUAGGGGUGCACCCUCCCUGCUACUGAGCUCUCAGCCGCCAUCAAGAUGGGCUGUUAAUUCAAGCCCAGCUCAGGGGCUCAGCAACCUCCGUGGACCACAGGAUGGGCCCUCUGCCGUUGCCUUCCUUCCUUGAAAUCCUGAGGUCUUUCUACAAAUCUAUCCAAAUUUCUUUUUUGCCGCAUUAAGACAACUGGAAGUUGUGUUACUUUCUAAGAUGACAAAUUGGCAGUUACAAAAAGAGAGGGAUGGGCUCGGUGGUUUAAAAUGCAUCCCUUUUCUGAAAAAGCUGCGAUUCUCAAAGGUCUUGUGCAAACAAAUUCCCAGUUGAGCCUUCUGUCCUUUGGGUUAGUGUGAGGAAGGACGUGAAGAUUCUCAAAAGGACUCCCUCUUGAAAGCAGUCAUCGCCGCCACCUCCCGCCACAGAAGGGACUCCUGUCGGCCCCUUUGCUCUCUCAGAAUUGCUGGUUGAUUCCUCUCCAAAGGCCCUCAAAGCCCUGUAAAACUUAAAACUUUAGCCUUUAUGUCCAAUUAGAGAAACCAAACAAUGUGAUGGUAGAUGUGAUUUUAAACAAAAACCCUCUGAGUUUAUUUUUC